AUGGUGGCUCAUGAUGAGAUUGGAGGUCUGCUGCCUAUUAAAAGGACUAUCCGAGUCCUGGAUGUUAGUAAUCAGUCCUUCAGAGAACAAGAGGAGCCAAGCAAUAAAAGAGUUCGACCUCUCGCCCGGGUCACAUCCUUGGCAAACUUGAUCUCUCCUGUAAGAAAUGGAGCAGUCCGACGCUUUGGUCAAACAAUUCAGUCAUUUACCCUUCGUGGUGACAGCAGAUCCCCGGCUUCUGCCCAGAAGUCAUCGAGCAGAUCAACAGCCCCCACACCUUCCAAAAGGAGAAGCAGUGUGCUGUGGUCCGAGAUGCUGGACGUCAGCAUGAAGGAGUCUUUAACUACCAAAGAAAUCAAACGUCAGGAGGCAAUAUAUGAAAUGUCCCGAGGUGAACAGGAUUUAAUUGAGGAUCUCAAGCUUGCAAGAAAGGCCUACCAUGACCCCAUGUUAAAGCUGUCUAUUAUGUCAGAGGAGGAACUCACCCAGAUAUUUGGUGAUUUGGACGCUUAUAUACCUCUCCAUGAAGAUCUGUUGGCAAGAAUAGCAGAAGCAACGAAACCUGGUGGAACAGUGGAGCAGAUCGGUCACGUUCUUGUGAACUGGUUGCCGGGCCUGAAUGCCUACAAAGGCUACUGUAGUAACCAGUUGGCGGCCAAAGUUCUUCUUGAUCAGAAGAAACAGGACCCGAGAGUCCAAGACUUCCUCCAGCGGUGUCUUGAGUCUCCCUUCAGUCGAAAACUAGAUCUUUGGAGCUUCCUAGAUAUUCCUCGAAGCCGCCUGGUCAAAUACCCUUUGCUAUUAAAAGAAAUUCUUAGACACACUCCAAAAGACCACCCUGAUGUUCAGCUUCUGGAGGAAGCUAUACUGAUAAUACAAGGAGUUCUCUCUGAUAUCAACUUGAAGAAAGGUGAAUCCGAAUGCCAGUAUUACAUUGACAAACUGGAGUAUCUGGACGAAAAGCAGAAGGACCCUAGAAUUGAAGCAAGCAAAGUGCUGCUGUGCCACGGGGAACUGAAGAACAAAAGUGGACAUAAACUGCACAUAUUCCUGUUUCAAGACAUCUUGGUUUUGACGCGGCCUGUUACACGAAACGAGCGUCACUCUUACCAGGUUUAUCGGCAACCGAUCCCCGUCCAAGAGCUGGUCUUGGAAGACCUGCAGGAUGGAGACGUGCGAAUGGGAGGGUCCUUUCGAGGGGCUUUCGGCAACUCAGACAAAGCUAAAAAUAUCUUUCGAGUUCGCUUCCAAGACCCGUGUCCGGGCCAGUCCCACACCCUGCAGGCCAACGACGUGUUCCACAAGCAGCAGUGGUUCAACUGCAUCCGCACCGCCAUCGCGCCCUUCCAGCCGGCCGCCGGCGCACCCCAGCCGCCCGCAGAGGGUGAGGAGAACACCCCCGCCGCCGCCGGGACCUCUGCGCUCCAGAGAAGGGCGUCCGUGGCCUCCGGUGUGACUCAGGUGGAAGUCGGCGGAGACGCUCCGGAGUGCAGCUCCCCGGGGCGCGCGCCAGAUGACACGAAGGGUGCGAGAGCUCAGCAGACACGGUCCGGCUUCCGGAAGGCGAGGGACACAGCCCCGUUCGGUGGCAAACGGAAAGAGACUUUGGUAUAA